AUGCCCAAAAUCGACAGGCGCUCGAAGCUGGCAGAGCUUCGGGCUCUCCGAGCGGCCGGCAAGAGAGCCAACUACGAAGUCGAGGAGGUUGAAGAGCUGUACGAGGAAGUCGACGAGAACCAAUAUAAAAAGAUUAUCCGGGAUCGCCUGGACCAGGACGACUUCGUAGUCGACGACAAUGGCGAGGGAUAUGCCGACGAUGGUCGGGAGGAGUGGGAUCGUGCUCCCCAGUACUACUCGGAUAGUGAGGAUGAAAUGCCAAUGAAGGGCCGAGGCAGGCCAAGCAAAGCAUCAAAAAAGCAGCGCGAGGACGAGGAUGCCAAGCGAGACGCCAAUGACAGAGACAUUAGUGAAUACUUUACAAAGGGUGCCGCCAAGGCCCAAGCAAAGCCGAAGGUUGUCAAAACAGAAGAGGACGACGCAUUCCUUGCCGAUUUGCUAGGCGAGGUCGAUGCUAACGUUCCUGCUCCCAUCUCCCGCUCGGCCAAGCGCAACAGGUCCCCAGAACGACGACGAGCCCGCGUUCUCUCGCCCGCUCCCGAGACCAGACCACGCGUCACCAAGAGAACAAAGACUGUGGAUGACAGACUAUCGUCCCCCACUGUCGACGACUCGGCAGCCGACGACGGCUAUCUCCCACCCAUGGGCGAUGACAGGGACAACAGCCCUGCCCCAAUCGCAGCGGAUGAUGUUCCUAUGUCCGACCCUGCGCCAUCGUCUCCUGCUGCCAGGGUAGCCCAGCGCAAGGGUCUGGUUAAGCAAGAUCCCAACGAUGAUGAGGAUGAGGACAUGAUAGAAGUUGCUCACGCCGGUGCGGUCACCGCUGCCAGCGUCAACCUUGCGGGCUCGAGGCCAACGAAGAAGUUGGUCAAGCCCGAUCCCUACCCGACCCCUAUGAGCUCGUCCCCGGUCAAGCCUGCUGCCGCGGCAAUCGACUCGUCCGCCUGGAAUACCAUUACAGACCAGCUCAACGUCGUCACAAGCUCUCCUGCGGAGGCUAGAACCGUUGGCAAGAUGGACUACAAGGACGCGGUUGAGGAAGACGGCAGUCUCAACAUGUUUUGGACCGACUACACUGAGGUCAAUGGGAGUCUCUGCCUUUUCGGCAAAGUCUUGAACAAAAAGACUGGGCUGUACGUCAGUUGCUUCAUCAAGAUUGACAACAUCCUCCGCAAGCUAUUUUUCCUUCCUCGCCAAACAAAGGUACAAGACGGAGAAGACAGUGGUGAGGAAGUCGAGUUGAUGGACGUGUACUCCGAGGUCGACUCAAUCAUGACCAAGAUGAAUGUUGGCAUGUACAAGAUCAAGGCCUGUACCCGCAAAUAUGCCUUCGAGCUGCCGGGGAUUCCCAAAGAAGCCCAGUACCUGAAGUGUCUCUACCCAUACACAAAGCCUGUCAUCGAUGGUUCGACCACAGGCGAGACUUUUUCGCAUGUCUUCGGGACAAACACUGCGCUCUUCGAGCAGUUUGUGCUGUGGAAAAACAUAAUGGGUCCUUGCUGGUUGAAGAUUACCGACGCCGACUUCGGUGCCCUCAAGAAUGCAUCGCACUGUAAGCUCGAGGUGCUGGUUGAGCACCCCAACAUGGUUUCCACGCUCAACGAGUCCUCCGACAACCUUGACACACCGCCCCUGACCUUGAUGAGUAUCGCCUUGCGUACGGCCUUCAAUGCCAAGGCGAACAAGCAAGAAAUCCUUGCGAUCAGUGCCCGAAUCUACGAGAAGGCAUCUUUGAAUGACACCACCCCAGCUGAGAAGCUCCCUUGCCGGACAUUCACUCUUAUCCGACCUUAUGGAACAGCGUUUCCUCUUGGGUUCGAGACAUUCGCAAAGGAACGGAAAAGAGGACUCAUCAAGACGUUCCGCCAAGAAUCCGAGAUUCUGAUGUUCUUCCUUGCCCAACUUGAUGUUGUAGAUCCAGACGUCAUUCUUGGGCAUCAGCUGGAAGGUGUCGAUUACAGUGUUCUGCUUAACCGCUUGCACGAGAAGAAAACUCACCAAUGGUCUCGUCUUGGUCGGCUCAAGCGCACACAGUGGCCGGCUUCUAUGAACAAGGUAGGCGGCAACGUCUUCGCCGAGAGACAGGUCAUGUCCGGCCGUCUGCUUUGCGACCUUGCCAACGAUGCCGGAAAGUCUGCCAUGUACAAGUGUCAGUCGUGGAGCUUGACGGAAAUGUGCAGUCUUUAUCUGCCGGGUAACAACCGUAGACAAGAUAUCGACAACGAAGCCGCACUCAAGACCUGGGCGACUCAGUCCAAGGAGGGCAUGAUGAACUACGUAACCCACAUGGAAACCGACACCCACUUCAUUACCGCGCUGGCCUUACAGGUCCAACUCCUCCCUUUGACCAAGGUCCUCACCAAUUUGGCCGGUAACUCUUGGGCGAGAACCCUGACUGGUACCCGUGCAGAACGGAACGAGUAUAUUUUGCUCCACGAGUUCCAUCGCAACAAGUAUAUUUGCCCUGACAAGCAGACUUUCAAGGGCAGAAUGGCCCAGGAGGAGAACCGAGACGACGAGGGUGAGGGCAAAAAGAAGGACAAGUACAAGGGUGGUCUUGUCUUCGAACCCGAGAAGGGUCUAUAUGAUAAGUUUGUCCUAGUAAUGGACUUCAACUCACUCUACCCCUCCAUUAUCCAGGAGUACAAUAUUUGCUUCACGACUGUGGACAGAUCCGCAAUGGAACAGGAUGAGGAUGUCGUGCCCGAAGUCCCCAAGGACCAGGACCAAGGUAUUCUGCCUAGGCUCAUUGCCACGCUUGUCAGCCGAAGGAAACAAGUCAAGGGUCUGAUGAAGGACAAGAGUGCAACGCCGGAACAGCUUGCCACCUGGGACAUCAAGCAACUGGCUCUGAAACUUACAGCCAACUCCAUGUACGGAUGCUUGGGAUACACCAAGUCCCGCUUCUACGCGCGUCCCCUUGCCGUCUUGACCACCUACAAGGGUCGCGAGAUUCUACGCAGCACCAAGGAUCUCGCCGAGAGCAACCAGCUCCAGGUCAUCUACGGAGACACAGAUUCCGUGAUGAUCAAUGCCAACGUCGAGAACGUAUCGGAUGCCUUCAAGGUUGGCCAAGAGUUCAAAAAGGCCGUCAACGAGCGGUACAGGCUUCUUGAGAUCGACAUCGACAACGUCUUCCGUCGAAUCCUGCUUCAGGCCAAGAAGAAGUACGCCGCCAUCAACUUGGUUGAGAAGGACGGCAAGUUCAUUGAGAAAAUGGAGGUCAAGGGUCUUGACAUGAAGCGUCGCGAGUACUGCGGUCUGUCCAAGGAGAUCUCCAGCAAGAUUCUCAACGAGAUACUUUCCGGCGACGAAACCGAAAAGUCUAUCGCUCGUAUCCACGAAUAUCUCAGAGAGAUCUCUGGCAAGAUGCGCGAGCAGGCAAUCCCGGCGCAGAAGUACAUCAUCUUCACGCAGCUCGGCAAAGCUCCCACAGAAUACCCCAAUGCAGACUCGAUGCCCCAGGUCCAGGUCGCCCUGAGGGAGAUUGCCAAGGGAAAAAACAUCCGUCGCGGCGAUGUUAUCUCCUACAUCAUCACCGGAGAUUCACAAAGCUCUGACCCUGCCCCAAAGAGAGCGUAUACGCCGCAAGACGUUAUGAAGGCCGACUCUGGCCUCUCCCCAGACGUCGAGUGGUACCUUGGCAAGCAAAUCUUCCCACCAGUCGAGCGUCUUUGCGCGAACAUCAUCGGUACCUCGAGCUCUCAACUGGCAGAAUGCCUGGGACUGGAUAUUCGCAGGUACAAGUCGGUUCAGGACCAGCACCAGGGCGGUUCGAGCAACGACGUGGAGAUACACCCUCUAGAGUCUCAAGUUCCCGAUGAUGUCCGUUUUGCCGAGUGCGCUCGUCUAUCUCUUCGCUGCCGUAAGUGCAAGGCUUCUUCGGUGUUCGAGGGUCUGGUGGCGCAGCCCGACCGCGUCUCGGCAUCGGGCGUGCUCUGCGGCGCAUGCGGCGCCGCCAUCUCGACUCUCUCGAUCGUGGCACAGCUCGAACAUGCCCUCCGCACCCAGACGGCACGGUACUACGAGGGCUGGCUGGUAUGCGACGACUCCGCCUGCGGCAUGCGCACGCGGCAGAUGAAUGUCUACGGCACCCGCUGUCUGGGCCCCAAGGGCCUUGCUCGAGACUGCCUCGGCCGGAUGCGCUACGAAUACACAGAGAAGGCCAUCUAUAACCAGCUCGUGUACUACGCCAGCCUGUGGGAUGUUGACAAGGCCAAAAGCAAGGCUUCGGCCGAGAGCGGUAGCGACCUCUCACCCGAAAACAAGGACAAGAUCCUCGCCAUGGCGGAGCACAACCGCGUUCGCUUCGGCACGGUCAAGGGCGUCGUGGACAAGUAUCUCGACAAGUGCGGCAGGCAAUGGGUCGCCAUGGAUACCCUGUUCGCCAAGCUGGGCUUCAACAAGCUUUUGGCUACUGCUGCUGCUUAG